AUGUCUUCAGACGAUUAUCCCCAUUUCCCGUCUAGUCAUGCGCGAAACAUACUCUCGCACUUACUCCAAAAACUCCGUUCACGCUCCUCCCGUCACUACCAAAGAUACGGCGAAUUUCUCGAGAGUGCACCCGACCAAAUCGAGGCUCUUCUGUGGAACUGCAUCCAGCCAGACAUCCUCCGUCACAUCGAGUGCGAAGACUUCCAUCCGCACGCUGCCAUCCCCCGCAUCCCUUACUCCAGCCUCCGCUCCUCCACCUACCACGGUCGCAGCAUCUACCUCCACACAAUCUACGCCCCCUCCGGCCACCCCCGCCUCUACAUCGGCCAAGCCUACAACACCGCCUUCCGCAUCGCGCAGCACCUCGACUUCCGGUACCGGCGUUCGCACCGCUCGCUGCACCACUACGCGCUCGAGCUCAGCGCUGCUGACUCCUUUACGCUGCUUGCGACGCUGACGGCGCCGGGGUCCCAGCCGGGCAUGCAGAGGCCGGAUCUCGUGCUUAACAUUCUCGAGAUGUGGUGUUCUUUGGUGUUUCGGACGUUGCGGCCACGGGUGUUGAGGGAGUGGUUGCCGGACGGGGUGGAAGUGGGGGUGGGAAUGGGGGUGGGGGGCCUGAAUCUGGCGGUGCCGCUUGAUCAAGGGACGGCGAGGGCGGGGAUGGGGACGAUCAAGCUGUUGGAGGAAUCUGAGGAUCCGUUGGUGAGGGAGUACUGUGAGUUGGUGAGGUCGAAGGGGCAGGGUUCACGGCUUGACGACAGCUAUGGUGUAGCGAUGAGUGGCGCGGGCAAGGUCGUGCUUACGGCAGGGGCGGUGUGCGCUGCGGUGUUGGUGGUUCGAUAUUUUAUGCGCCGGACGCGGGCUUGA